AAGAUUCAACAACAUUGACAUUGGAGAUUGAGUAACAAAUUAUCAUACUAUUACAUCAUUUACAAAAAAAGACACAGCGAAUAUGGCCACUCCUCCAAUUUCAUACACACGAUUGAGACAAAUCGCAAGUGAUGCCUGUCAGAAUGCACUUGGAAGUGCAGAGUUCUAUGAACACAGCAAGACCGAAUCUUGGAAUACUACCAUCGUUAACUCGAUUCUCAAAUCCCUCAUCUCCGAAUCUACACCUUCAACUGGCGCUUCCCCAUCUUUCAAAUAUGCAGUCAAUUCCACCAUCAUUCAACAUCUAGUCCCUACCUCUUCACUCAACAAAUCCAAAGCAUCACCUCCAACAACCACAGAAGACACAACAGACGAUGCGAAAGUAACAACAAGUGAUGCACAAGGAGAUGCCAAGAGUACAGAUGGUAAACCUCACGUAGGAAGGAGGGGAAUGCACAGUGCGACGGGAGCUUAUUGGAACGAGAAGACGGAUGGCAUGUGGAGUUUUAAAUAUGAGGGCGGUGAGAAUAAGGGCCUGGAUGUGGUUAUCAGUGUUAUUUGGAUUGCGUUGUAGGGUAAGAGGUUAUGAGAUGGGGAUGGAGAUUGGAGGAUAGAAGGGUUUGAUCAAUAUGAAUGAUUCGUCUGGAGGAUACAAGGGUUAAGGACAAUAUAUUGAAAGUAGAUGAUGGAGGGAUGAUUCCAGAUUUUGUGUGGGGAAGAAUGGGGGAUAUAACAUUGAGAAUUUGGGGUAUGGGGUAUAUGAUUCGCACUCUUUGCGCUCCAGUCGCAAUUGAGAUGAUGGAAGUCGAUCGACUGUUUGUUGUCAGUGGAAGAAAUCCUGGCAGGAGACAAGUUUGAUUGAUAUGAUGUAAAUUCGAUAAUCUUUGGCGGCUUAUGCGAACCAAUUGUACCAUUUCAUUCAUUUCACUUUUCUAUUUGAGCAUUUGACCAUGUUAUGUUGAGGUGGUAUUGGAUGUCAGUAUUGAAUCGG